GCAUUGUUUUAUAACCUAGCAAUAUGCUCAAUCUAAGUGAAGUGUGGAGGGGAAAGGAGAAGAUAACCUAGCAAGACCUAGCAAUGGCUUUCAAACUCUUCGAUGCACAUUUGCAUAGUGUAUGAAAUUCAGUCAAGUGUGGACAACCAAUCAAGCCUUAGUGACACUUAUAUAGUGUAAUAAGUAAUAUAUGCACUUUGGAUAAUUCAAUAAGCAAUUUCCGUAAGCGCAGUCCGCCUAAAUAGAGCAUCAAUCAGUAGAUGAUUGUUAUGUACAUUCGCAUUGAUUUAUAUACAAAAUGAAUCGAAAAGUGUUUGCAUGUUUCUUAAUUGUUGCUAUUUACAUAGAACUUUCUGAUAAUGCUUCAUUAAGUAUUUAUGAACAGAAGAAAUAUAAAAGUUUAAUUGAAGGCCAAGGACUGUAUUCUGCUGAUGAUGAUGUGGAAAUUUUGACAAACAACAAUUUUAAAAAAAUUAUCUAUGGACAGAAAAAUGCAUGGAUUGUAGAAUUUUAUAACAGCUGGUGUGGAUUUUGCCAAAGAUUUGCUCCAUCUUGGAAAUCACUUGCUAAAGACAUAAAGGACUGGAAGAACAUUAUAAAAGUAGGAGCAAUUGAUUGUUCAGAUGAUGAUAAUAGUGCACUUUGUAGAAAUUUUGAAAUUAUGGCAUAUCCGACACUGAAAUAUUUUCAUGAAAAUUAUAUUGAAGACUCGAAACAUCUUGGUGCUGAUGUUACUAAAGGUACUGAUAUGGGUGAGCAUAAAAACUAUUUGAUUAAACAUAUGAUUUUGGAACAAGAAAAUAAAAGAGGCUUAGAUUUUCCCACAUUAUUGCCUUAUAAACAUUCAAAUAUUUUACAUUUAUUUGAUAGUAAUGUAAAUGCUAAAUAUGUAUUUUUAGUAAUUGAUAAGCCAGAAAGCAUGUUGGGUCCUCAGUUGUCACUAGAUUUUAAUGCAUAUAAAGAAAUUUGUGUAAGAUAUGCCACAACAGAAAAUGAAGCAUUGACUAAGAAGUUCAAAAUUCAAAGUUAUCCAUUUAUGACUGUAUUAACAGAUUCUAAUACUUCACAUGAUUUUAAUGGUCAAUUAAAAAGCAGGGAAGAUUUUCGGACUGCAAUUAUUGAAUAUGUGAACCCCAGUUUAGUUAUUAAAAAAAAUGAUGACUCUGGAUUAUUUACUGGUAAAUGGGUUAAUGCUGAAGUACCUGAUAUUGGAUCUCUUAUUGAAGCAAUUAGCAAAAAACAAUUAAGAGAUAAAGUGAAGAAAAUGGGAAAUGUUGUCUUUCAAGCAGAUCUGGAAUCAGCUCUGAGAUAUUCUUUAAAACAUGAAAUUGGAACAACAAAGGAUAUUUUUGGUGAAAAACUUGAUGCACUGAAAGCUUAUUUUUCAGUUUUAAUUAAAUAUUUCCCAUUUGGAAUUCAAGGAAAGGCGUUUCUGGAAGAAUUAUUAGAUUUGCUCAAAGAUAAAGUAUCACUUGAUGGAGCUACAAUUGUUGAAGUUGUAAAUAAGUAUGAUACAGAGGCAGCAAAUGUUUUUAGCUCAAAACAUCAAUGGAUUGCAUGUGAUGGGAGUACAAGUGAGAAAAGAGGAUAUCCUUGUGGACUAUGGAUGCUUUUCCAUUUUUUAACAGUUGAAGCUUCAGAAAAAACUAAUAUGCCUAAAGAAGUGUUACAUGCUAUGAAAGGAUACAUUAAGAAUUAUUUCGGUUGUGCAGAUUGCAGCAGACAUUUUCAAGAGAUGGCUGUUAGCCGAGAUUUAGAGGGUGUAACAUCGGCAAAUUCAGCUAUUUUGUGGCUAUGGAUGGCCCAUAAUACUGUCAAUAAAAGAUUGUCUGGGGAUGUGUCCGAGGAUCCAGAGUUUCCUAAAGUCCAAUUCCCUUCUGCUACAAAUUGCCCGAAAUGUCGCUUAGGUACAAAUUGGGAUUACAACGAGGUUCUUAAGUACUUGAAGAUUAUGUACAAUAGUUUAAACAUUAGGUAUAUUGGAGCAGAUUCAAGAGUAAUGCAUCCUGGUGUGAUACAGAAAAAUAUGACUACUUCGGUCCUCCAGCAAAUGGAUGCGAGCUAUUUUUAAAACGGGGCUAUCGGAAAAAGAUGUACGUACACGAUCUACUUGGCAAGGUUUGAAUAUGGAUGCAGUUUUAUUGAACUAUAAUUAUCAUACACAUCACAUGUUACUAGAUAUAUUAAUCUAUUCUGUAUUGUAUAAUAUUGUCAAUAUUGUUUUCUUAUGGGUUUUGUGCCAAUAUUUUGU